AUGCUAGCUGCUUGUUUAACAAAUAAACUUGGUAUUGGUUUGAUGCCAACCUUCGGUCUCCGUGCUCCUGAAUUUAUAAUCAGAAGGUAUCUACUUUCUCCCAGUCGCCCAGUUAAAUUAGAACUAAUUGGUCACCUGCAAAAGGCCUCUGAAUCUUUAUAUGAGCCUGGUCAAAUAUUCUUACACAAGAAAUUUGGUUAUCGUGGUAUUGUGCUACAGCGUUGGAAGGGAAAGCUGUUCGAUCGUAAUCUACAAUCUACGAAAUCAAUAGAAUUGACGUCUCAUGAAUCUCCAAAGGGAGAAGGAUCUGAAACAAAUGUUUACCAAGUUCUAACGGAUCAAAGCGACACUGAAAUUUGUAAUUCUGCUUUAAAACAUGGUAUUACUUUUUUACCUGAUGAUAAACGAGCAUUUAAUGCCAUAUAUAUAGUGUCAGAAAUGGACUAUGUUUUCCAUGAUGAUAUCAUACCUUACGUUCCGCAGGAUGUUUCGCCAGUUAGAAAUCAAUAUUUUAGUGAAUUCUUGCUUUCUACUCCAGACAAAGAUCCACCAUUUAUUCCAACCGAUCAUUUAAGACGCUGGAUUGAGGCGCGAAAGCAAAGUCUAGAAGUUACAUCGAUACAUCGCGAAGUGACCGAAGGUAUUCAAACGACAGUAAUGCCUUUUUACAUGGGCCGUCGAGUAACAGAGGAUAGAAAGGAAAAUGAUGUACGCUACUGGCGCUAUUUAAUCCGAUUAGAAAACCUCACGAUGGACCGCGUUCAACUUCGUGAGCGCUUUUUGAAAAUUUUCUCAAUAUCCGGAAACCUUGAGUCAAUCGGAGGAAAAGGAGUUGUAGGGAUGCAACCUGUCCUUUCUCCAGAAUGUCCAGUUUUUCAGUAUCACAGUCAUAUCCACUUCCCCGUGGAGUGGGCCCACAUGUGGGGAACGUUUCGGUUUGAAAAACACAAUGGUACUAGUUUAGAUGUUAAAAUACCAUCUUUCCCGCUGUAUGAUCCCACGUCUUAUUCAAACUCGAGUAACGAAAACCUUGGUUAA